AGCUGGAGGUGGAGAAAUGCUCACUUGUGUGUGGGACUGUGUGUCUGGCUGGUCCCGCGAAAGCGCAGUGAAAGUUUGGCGUGAGAGCAGAGGAACUCAUGGAAGAGGCCGGAUGAAGGACAGUUUGAAAGCGGGACUCGCGCGGCUGCUUUCUUCUUCGCUGUAGCGCUUCUUUUUUCAUUUUCUCUUUUGCCAGACUCGUUCAGGCUGUGGCGGCUUUUCAACGCGAGGUCCGCGGGGAUUGAGACUCAUCUCGAAGCUUCCAAGAUGAACUUGGAUCCGGUGCUCGGGAAACUUUCUGUGUUGGUGACAGCGCUCCUCAGUGCUGGGCUGGUGUGUCACUCAGCGGACCUUCCGGCAUCGCAGUGGUCCGGCGAAGAAUACAGAAACCUCACGCUGCGACAACACAGAACCUGCGUGGAGAACGAGCAGUACCACCACCAGACACUCUGCUGCCUCAACUGCCAUGCAGGAACCUAUGUGCAGAAGGCCUGUGAGAGAGAUCAAGAGCAAGGGACGUGUCUUCCCUGUGAGCACGGACAGACGUACACGGAGCACUCCAACGGGAUGAACCGCUGUCUGCCGUGCACCCACUGCCGUUUAGAUCAGACUGUAACGGCGUCGUGCACAACAACAACAGACACCAAGUGCCAGUGCAAACAGGGGACCUUCUGUGUGCCAGAGCAGGCCUGUGAAGUCUGCAAACGUUGUGUCAAGUGUAAACCAGGGGAGGAGGAGGUGAGGAAGUGCACCCCCUUUUCGAACACAGGGUGUCGAAAACGGGAUCCGUCCCCAACCAGAACCUCCACAGCCCUUCCCUCUCCGACCCCUUCCACCACAGCCGAAACAGUGGUUCCUUUAAUAUCUUAUAUUUUCUUGGCCAUCAUCCUGAUAUUGUUGAUUGGACUGGCUGUGUGGUGGUUCGUGAUCAAGCAACGUUCAUGUGAAUUACCAUGCACAAAGAGCCAUUGUGAAUCCAGUGAAAUUGUGAAGAUUCCCAUUGACGAGAGUGGAGCCACAGCAGAGGAGCGGCAGAAUAAUCAGAAUGCAGGUCUGGAGGGUGAGGAGUCCCGUCCGGAGUCUCGGCCCCUGCUGCAGGAGACCCAGGUCGGGAUAACCAAGUCGUCUCCGCCGGAGGACGAGGACCGGGGACUAGGGGACAGCCUCCCUAACACAACCAGCUCGUCUCAAACCAGCCUGUCCGCCCUGCCCACAGCGGCUUCCUCUGGCAGCACUCCACACCAGAGCCCCCUUGCCUUCAGACUGCCCCCUGCAGACAUGGACGAUCCUCUGCGACAUCAACUAGUGCCACUACAAGGGUCAGAAAAAUCCCUGAGGAAGAGCUUUGAUUUGUUUGACGAGCACCUGGACGUGGGGAUCCACAACAAGUUCUUCCGAUCGAUCGGAGUCAGCGACAACAGCAUUCGGAUCGCGGAAAACAGCCCCCCCGGGGACAAAGUUUAUGAACUACUGAAGAUCUGGAUGCAGAGGCAGGGACUCAAAGCCGACAUCAACGACCUGCUAGACGCUCUGCUAACCAUGGGCCAGCGGCGCUCGGCAGAGAGCAUCGCCAACAUGGCGCUGCAGAGAGGCUACUAUAAGCACGCAGACACGCCCUGAAGGCAGACGCAACAGGGGACAUUUAAUACAAGACUAAAUAAAAAGCACACAGACGCUGUCGGUGGACGUUGUGUCUCACGAACAGGCUUACCUCUUUGUGGCGGCCCGGCCAUGUAUUCAGAAGCCAGUAGUUUUAAAAAGAAAAAAAAACACAAAAAGGGGAAGGUCGAGUCAUACUGAUGAGCACUCUGAGGAUGUCGAGGAUCUGCCAAACACCGACGUGUUAUAAUGAACACGGAGAAGAAGGAGGUUUGUGCUAAUAGCUAACCCAGCAACCCAAACAGAAAAAGAGCAGGGGAAAAAAACCUGAAGGCGUCAACUUCCAACCGCUGCGUGUUUCCAGACUGUUACGAAGCAGCACGCAGCCAAAUACUGAAAGUCUCUGGGUGUUUGUGUGUGUGUGUGUGUGUGUGUGUGUGUGUGUGUGUGUGUGUGUGUGUGUGUGUGUGUGUGUGUGUGUCGCUCUUCUGGUCCCCCACCCAGAUCACAGCACACGACCUGGAGACAAGCAUAUACACUGGUUUGUAGAAGUGGCAUUAACUACGUCACUUAUACUGUGCCUCACUGAUGCACUGACCUCUGGCACAUGUAGGAUUAAAACUACAAUAAUGCUAUGUUUUUUUUUUUGUUUGUUUGUUGUGUCUACAAGCAUUUUGUCCGUUUAUUCUGCCAACAGUUAAUGUGCAGUCUUGCUAAUCAUAAAACUUACCUCUUCAAUGCCUUUUGAUGAUCUAAAUAUACUUCGGUCACAUUUUUCUAUAAUUAUGAUUCAUUCAUAGAGCAUAGUGAUUCAUAAAUCUUCGUACAACCACGUCACAUUGUAGAAACCUCUUCGUCCGGCCUUUUACGUGUUCAGUGUUACUACUCAUACAUAACGUUGGAGAAGGAAUUUCACAAAGGCUGUCUCUGUUAGAGCAACUUUCGACAGUUUAAAAAAAUGUUUCCAUGAUAUUUUCAAGUAAGUUACAAAACUUCAGAGGUCGCUUUUAUUUAUUGAUAUAUUUAUUGUAUUGAAUAAUAACUAUCUUUUAUUAUUUAUACCAUUGCCAAAAGCGACCCUGGAAAACAAGCACACUGUCUGUUUAUGUUGUUAUGAUGUCUAGCUACAGGGCAAAAAUGACUGACAUCACAUUUUUUCAAGAUGUGACUGAUAUUUUGUUCGAACUCCCGUUUCUCGUUGAUUUGUCAAUAUUGCGUGUGCCAUAACCCUCACGAAUGACUUUCCAUUCACAGCACGUGCACAACAGUGUGGAAUCUUACUUGAUGCUGAAGAGUAGAACGUGUCAAAUUUGAAGGGUUGAAAUGACGGCGGGUUGAGUCCAGCUGUCGUUAGUUUAACCGUCUGACCGAAUAGUCCGACCACACGUCAGCGGUGACUCGAGGUGCAGGUACGGAUUGUUUAGACUCAGAGGAAGAUGAAGGAAAACUUUUCUGGAUUCAAUAAGAAGCUCAAAUGUGUCCCCCGAUUCUGUCCAGUGUACAUAAGAAUGUCUGAAGAGCGUUGAAUCCUCACUGAAAUCAUAUGUACACAUUUAUUUACAUAUGCACAGGCUCUAUCAACCCAAAUGAAUAUAGUGAGGUAUGAAGUUAUUGAAGAAAUGCGAACCAGAGUGGGUGCAGCUCAGGUUGUGACAGCUGAAACCAGUUUUUCUGCCGUCUCGUGUAUAAAGAGUUACAGAGUUAUAUAUUGUUGCUGCAGAGUGAUUCUACAGUGCUGGCACUGCCAUCUAUUGACAGACAAUGAAAAUACAGCCUGCAUCAAUUUCUAUAGGGACCCUACACACGCUGCUUCCUCACCUAACGUUCUCACUUCCAGCUUCUUUUUUAACUCCUCCAUUUUUCCUCUUUUAAAUUCCUCUCAGCCUUUUGGAAGUAGCAUGGCAGUGAAUAGGCUUCAGCGCAUGUUCGAGUGAGUGUAUGUCUCUUUUUUUUACAUAUAUACUCUGUGUUUUUUACAUAUUUCAUUGCAAGUCCUGAGUUGUUCAAUCAACAUCCCUCGUGUAACAACUUUCUGUCCAGCCAUUUAAAAUCAUGUCCUCACCCUUAGUUAUUGUUUGCUUGUCAUGGAUUUCAGAUUUACUUUAUGCAAAUAUGACAAAAAGCUGUUUUUAAUGUCAAUUUCAAAUAAAUGUUUUGUACAGAUA